CUUGGCAAGUGACUGUGGUCAGAUGACCGUCAACUUUGAUGUGCGUCGAUGCUGUGAUCCCAGUGACGUCGGAAAAUUGGCAGAACGGGACUCUCAAACUGUUAAGAUAGUCCAAGGCUUGUCUGGUCAAAGUAGCCUCGUUUGUUGCUCGAGGAUAGGUCCACUGGGGAUACACUAUUGUGAGGUGCGCCAAAUCAACGCUGCUUGUUGUGUACUCCUUCACCUCCAGCGAAAAGUCAAGCGCCGUGAGCACACGUUCUGCGACGGGCAAGCUGCACUGAGACGCUGCGAUGGUCGCAGGGCCGGUGAGCGCAAGAGCUGCUGGAGCAGACUCUGGCCGCGAGCGGGGAGCUCCUAAGACGGUAGCAGUUUGAUGCAUAGGCGUCCCAGACAGCGCUAACCACCUUCGCUGCAGGGCGAUCACUUCAUCCUUACUAGCAACGACUUGUUCCAGUAAUCACCUGGUCCUUGCUUGCGACGCUUUGGCGGAUGUUUGCCAAGGACGCGCGAGCAUCAGCAAGCUCACCUUGCAGCUGAGCUACUGUCGCCGCGACCGGCGAUGUAGACCUUGCUGCGGCACCUGCAGUACUUCGGGUACGCUUUCGCGGGCCCAUGCUUACGACAAUCAAGUUGGCGUUGCAGGUGUUGGGAAGCUCAUGAACAGAGGCUU